GUAGAUCUUCCACCAGGACUCAAUUUUAUGGGAGAAUUCCUAGUCGUUUAUUCGCCAACUUGACCAAUUCUUUAGAUAAGUAGAAUUCAAAUACAUUUGACAUCAAUUGACAAGAUAUAGUUCACACUUUGACCUCAAAGUUCUGUAGAUGGCAUUGCGGCUGAUGAAUUGAUUAACUACAGAAUUCUGUCAUGUUUACAUCAGAAAUUGACAUUGUUUGCUCCAGCUGUUCACGUCGUACAAAAAAUUGUUAAUUGUGAAAUUGUAUUUGUUAUUACAAUGAAAACAAUGGUAGUCCAAGAUCGUGAAUCAACAGCGUCCAAAAAUGGUGCUUAUAAAAAUACAAUUGAUUUUUUAAAUGAUCCAUUGAAAUUGUUCGGAGAGCUUAGAUCAAAGUUUCUAAUGCGUAUAGUUGGAACAUCGGACAAAAUUACGAUAUUGAAAAAAUUCUGCGAAAAUCACUUAACUGUUGAUGCAGAAAAUAUUGAUAGUGCUCAAAUCUUAUCAAUGUGUAAAUACUACGAGGCAUUGAAUGAAAUCAUACGAGAAUUCGAGUCAAGGCUUGAUCAAUUGAAUGAAGAUCAUGCGGAAGUCCAAAAGAUUCGGACAGAUGCAGAAAGUAUAGAAGAUUGUAUGAAGUUAGGUAACUCUUAUUUCAAACUCAAUAAAUAUUGUGAAGCUGUUGAAUGUUAUACAUUAGCACUGGAAACUAAUUUGCCGAGCAAUUUUGUAUACAAAAGUGUAAUAAUACUUAGACUUUUGUAUAACCGAGCGCUUGCCAAUUCUGAAAUUGGUAGCUACCGUCGAGCGAUUGAAGAUUGCAACAGAGCACUACAAAUUGAUCCGUUUUGUACCAAUGCAUUGUUGCUACGUACUCAUUGCUACGAGUGUUUGGAAGAGUUUGAAAAGUGCAUUCAAGAGUAUGAGCGCGUAUUGUUCAUGAAAGAAAUCAGAGAAUGCAAGGAAAAAGCAAGAGCAGUGCACUUGAAACUGGAAGAGAUGACGAUUCGAUUGCGUCAUAAGCGUGCUCAAGACAUAAAUACACGCGCUGAUAAACAUUACCAUGACGGAAACUAUCGUUUAGCUGAGAAACUAUACACAAACGCUAUAAAUGUAUGGCCAGGAAACUGCGUUUUCUAUGGAAAUCGAUGCAAAACUCUAAUCUCAUUGGAAAAUUUCAAAGGAGCUCUUGAUGACAGUAGAAUUGCAGUGGAAAUAGAUGACAACUACAUGAUGGGCUAUGAAUAUAUCGCUAGGUGCUGUUUUAUUUUUGGUGAAUAUGACGAAGCUGAGCGAGCUAUCGAACGUCUGAUUCAAAAUUCACAUGAGGAAGAAAAGUAUGGAGAACUCAAAGAGAUUUACACAAAAUUACGUGAAUGUGAUGGAAAUGCCGUUCAAAGUUAUAUUAAUGAAGACUUUCGAAGUGCAAUUGAACACGCUAAACGAGGAUUAGAAAUUCUUCCGCAGAGUAUAUGCUUUAAACUAUGCUUGGCAGAAUGUUAUAUGUAUGAAGGUGAAGAAGAGGAAAUUGGAAAAUUGGAAGACGCAAGAGGUCUUUCGGAAGCGGACCAAUUGUACGUCAAAGGUCUGAAAUCAUUUACCCAAGGAAAUGUUGACGAAGCUCUUUCACACUUGAAUAAAGGAAUUGAAAUGGAUUCGAGUCAUAGAAGAUGCAAGUACAUGCAAAAAACUUUCUCGAAUAUAGAUGCAAAGAAAUCAAAAGGUGAUGAUCUGUUUGGAGAAAAAAAGUUUCAUGAAGCCAUUGAAAACUACACAGAAGCUCUAGAAUGUUUUAACAAGCCUCAUAUCGUAUUUCGGCUUGAUAUUAUUCGCCAAUUAUAUUACAGUCGGGCUAUGGCACAUUCCAAAGUAGGAAAUUUUUUAUCUGCAAUUGACGACUAUAUGUCAGUCGAUACCAUAUUGCUCGUUAACGGAAAAGAUGUGAGUGAAGUGCUAUUGCGUACCGCAGAAUGUUAUCAUUAUCUUGACGAUAUUGAAUAUACUAUUGUGGUUUAUGAACGGGCGUUAAUGUGCAAAGGUUUGAAAGCGAAUACCACAAAGUUUGAAAUGAUUACUACCAAAGUUGACAACCUAAAAGAAGAACUGAAGCACAAAACGGCUCAAAAAUUGAUUGUUUGUGCUGAUAAACACCAUAAGAAGAAAAACUAUGAAGAAGCGUUGAAGAAAUAUUCUGAAGCAAUUUCUCUAUGGCCUGAAAAUCUUUCAUUCUAUAAGGCUCGGAUAGAAUGCCUGAUGAAAACUAAAGACUUCAUGGCAGCCAUCGAAGAUUGUAGAACUGCAAUUUCGUUUGAUUCGACCAAUUUUCACGCUUAUGACUGUAUGAUUCAAUGUUACUUGGCUCUUGGCGAUACUGAUUCUGCUGAUGCGGAAAUCCAAAAGUAUUUCGAAACGGGAUCAAAAAGUUACACUAUCGAUGGGCAUCAGAAAAGGUGCCGUGAAUUCAAAAGAUUCGAAGAAAAUGCUAAAGUAUUCUCAGAAAAGGGUGAAUUUCAAUUGGCACUUAACUGUGUGGAUGAUGCAUUGGAAAUAGCACAUGCUAAUUUUGAAUUGAAGCUACUGAAAGCAGAAUAUUUGGCAACGCUUGAACGUUUCCAGGAGGCUGAUGAAAUCGCCACAUCAUGUAUGGAAUUGAAUCCAUCAAAUGUUGAUGCUUCAUACAUUCACGCGCUGUGUAUUUAUCAUACAAAUUGGGAACAGGGGCUAGAAUGUUUCCAAAGUGUGAUUGCUCUAGAUGCAGAUCAUAAACGAUCCAAGGCAAUGAUCUUGAAGAUUGAACAAUUCGAAAAACAAGAACAGAUCGUGAAUAAACUGUUAGAAGAUGAAAAGUAUCGCGAAGCGAAAGAGAAGAUCACCGAAGUUCUUGAAAUCAGUCCACAUAGCAAUGUUCCCAAAUUGCUGCGUCAACGUGCAAUUGCAAACUCGAAAACAGGACAAUUUCGUGAUGCAAUUAGUGACUGCAGCACGGCUAUGGAAACAUCCUAUACAGAUUAUUCAAAGUGUUUGCAGAUGCGUGGAGAUUGUUGGAUGGCUGUGAGGAAGUUCAAGAAUGCGGUAGUCGACUAUGAACUAUUAUUUAAAAAAUUUAAAUUAAACGAAGCGGAAAAUUUACUGAGGAAAGCAAAAUGUGCUUUGCAACGUUUUCAGUCAGAUAACUACUACGAUGUUUUAGAUGUCAAUAGAACUGCCUCUACAGAUGAGAUUAAAAAGUCCUUCAAGAAGCUUGCAUUGAUACAUCAUCCAGAUAAGCAUUCGGAUGCUUCGAAUGAAGAGAAAAUCGAGCAACAAAAUCAAUUCAAAAAAAUUAGCGUUGCCCACGAAGUACUUUCAAAUUCUGCGAAAAGAGAUGAUUAUGAUCGUAAAUAUAGAAAAACAUCAUAUUUUCAUUGAACGAACAAUAUUGGAAUUCGUUCAAUUUUAAUGAAAUACCUCACUAACUCUGUAUAAAAACUCAUUAGCAAUAAGUGGAACCGAAUUAUGGAAUUUGAUUGGAAUAUUAGCGAAUUUAGAUAGAAUUUAAGAAAGUAAUAUUUUAAGACGUUAAACGAUUUGCCAAUCUUAAUCUAAUCGAAGAAAUCUUUAUCUCUAUUUACUAGAUAAAUUAUUAAUUAUAUUUUUAUACCUACUAAAUUUAAAAAAAAUGUAAAAUAUAAUUGACCAAUAUGGCAAAGCACUUACAAAGCUUACAGUCGAUUAUUAAAUUAAACGAAUAAAAAAAAAACAAAUUUAUAAUUUUCUAAAUAAAAUUGGUUUGACAAA